AUGAAAAAAAAAGCCAUCUUCGUACAAGAGGAUCGGACAGGCUAAUGCGUAAAACCAGUGCAGAAAUAGUCAGUGAAGCAAAAAAUAUGCUAGUGGGAGCAUGUGGAACAAGACUUGUGUCGGCCCGGCGACCAAUUACACCGCGCGAUCCUAGAAGGCAGCUUUACGGGCGAAUCGCCCCACCGGAACGCCCCCCCAGUGCCAUCAAUUUAAAAUACCUCCAGCAGCCGUUACCUGCACUAGAACCUAUCGUUACGAGUGCGCCUACAACGAAUGUUGUUCGCUUUGAUGGACUGGUGGAUUGUUCAAAGGGUAAUUGUGGUGGACUGGUCCGAGCAACUUCGAUGAAUGGGAGAGAAAAGCUUCCAGCUAUCAGUAAUAUGGUUGUUUCACAAGUUUCUUUGGAAAACAUCGCCUCUUUAAAAAAGGAUCAGGUUGAUGAGAAAACGGCAAAGGUAAUCGAUUUUCAACAAAUGGUACAAACUAAUAAUACAGCCAGCAUCGUGAAGAAUCAUCCGUUGAAAAGAAUUCAGCUGAAAUCGACCGAUGAUCAUGUUCAAUCAACCGACGCAGCUGGGCAUCGUGGUUUCGAGCAAUCCAAGUCACUAAGUAAGCAAAACAAUGAACUGCUCAUACCUUCCUCAACCGAAUCUCUUCUGGAAAUGUUGAAGAGUUACGCUGGACUAAAGGAAUGCAACGACACUACAGAUGCGCAAAUCAAUGCGAUAUUGAAUGAGCUGUUUACAAGAGUCAAAGGAUCAAAAGGAGCUUGGCGUGGAGCGGUUUUGGGUGUCCUCUAUGGUUUGGUAGAAGCUGCAUCACCCAACAUUUUGCUCUCAGUCGCAUGCAUUGUACUGGCGAUGAAUGUUACCGGAAGCAACCUCACUGGCGCAUGCAAACUAGUCUUUAAAAUUGCCCGUAAUGAGCACAACGAUGCCUUGUUUAUGGAGAGCGACGUACCAGAACUAUUGGUGGAUGGGCUCGGACGAGCGUCUCCAAUAGAUGACCCAGAAGCAUGCAUUUAUGGAUAUGGCGCGGUUCGUUUUCUUGCUGGAGCAGCUAAUGAAGAUUCCGAUGGCCAACACUAUUCUUCGCAGUUCUUAGCUAAGCGUAUGGUUGAUCAUGGUCUUUGUCAGCUUAUGGUGUUACAUUUAAAAAUGAUAAAUGAUUUCGCCUCUUCCAAAAGCAUUACUGGACCAGCAUUGCAUGCGCUAUUUCAGCUAUCGUGUGCAUUGCGCACCGUUUUAUCUCACGUACACGACCGACUUUCUUCCCCAGAAUUCAAAGUAAAGGGAGGAUUAGAGCUAACACAAAUCGAUCAGUCCGUGUCAUUGCUAGUGCGCGCUGCUGAGAUUUGCAUUAGUGAGACGGAAGUGCAAGCGAAUAUCAUUCGUACACUAAGCGUUUUGUCGGAGCGCCCCGACUGCUGCGAGCGUCUUGCAGAAACAGCCCCCCGUCUGGGUAUUUUGUUGGGCUCGGUAACGCAAACGAGCUCGUCAGUAGAAAGAGAGCUUGUUUCUUCUAAUCGGUUAGGGUACAUUCUUGGGAACAUAAUGGCUCGUUGCGAUGUGGCCCGUGUACAAUUUUACAACUGUGAUGUUUCAUGUGAUGCAUUGAUAGCGGCAUUAGAAUAUUAUGCGACAAAGCGUUUCACAAUCCGCAAUCAAAUGGGCGAUUCCAUCGUAGACGUGUUGACUAAACUUGUAAGAAUUGUGGCGAACAUGUGCGUGAACGGUCUUGUAGGAUAUGGAAUGAGCAAUCGGCAAUCAUUAGGAGGAAUACUGCUCAAAUUGUUACUUGCCGCCAUCAAUCCAAAGGCAAGUGGAAUGAUCAAUAAAUCGGAAUUAGAAGAACUGCUCUUCGCUACCCUUGGAGCUUUACACAACUUGUCUUAUUAUUAUGAAUUGAACGAGCCGCAUGAAGCUGCCCCGAAUACCGGAAGUAUUGGUCAAAACUGGAAAGCUAUCUGUGGUGCGUUAUGUCGUAUUCUAAAUAGUGACCACAACCCGACCAGAUCGGAAGUUGCCCGCGUUUUAGGCAAUAUGACGAGGAACAGUGUAAUACGGGAAGCAUUUUACGAGGAGAAUGGACUGUUGAUAUUGAAACGAUGUAUCAGCUCGAACGACGAUGAGCUCAUAGUAACUGCAUGUGGCGUUUUGGUGAAUGUACUAGGUGACUGGACUCGAAGAGUGCCGUUUCAGGAGCUCGAUGGUCCCUUGAUGCUGAGACAAAUCUUACAUCGCGGUGUAACUAAACGUGACUGGAUUAUGGCUGGCAUCACUUGCCAAGCAAUCUGGAACUAUCUUAUCGACGCCGGGGACAUUCUGCAGACAUUGAGCCAAGCUAGCAUUGAUUAUAUAUGCGAAGAUCUAGCAGAGACACUAGACGAAGAAACUCUAUUCAAUGGAAACAAACCUGAUGCUUUCUGGGAAGAAUUUGCGCCAGUCGCGGCCGAUCUGUUGGAACGAUUACAAUUUGGGAUAUCUGGAAGGAGCUCCACUGGUGAAACAUCGGAGGAUGAGCCAACCGAUCGCGACAAUUUUCAAGAGAAAUGAUAACGUAUGGUAGUAGAAUAAAUUUAAUUACUUCGGUAAGAGAAAGACGAUUCAAACCACAUUUUGAUUCUCAUUUUUACAUAUUGUUAACGAGGUGGUUUUUAUUAGAAUCGAACUAAAGUUUGCCUUGGAGGUAGAAAAACUGUGCAGAAACUAAACAAAUGCAUCUUUAUAUACUACUUUUUUUGCAUGUUAUCUCGAACAUUUUUCUUCCAAUUCACGUUUUUCGGUGGUUCAUAUAUUUUUUUCUGACUAUGGAGGUCGUGUUACGUAACUUUAAGCAAUAGAUUAAGGAUUGUUCAUUCGUAAGUAGAGGAUAGAGGAUUUGUUGUUCGUAUGUACUUAACAAAAAAUAAUAACUUGAGCAGUGUUUACCAAAACACUAAACUUAAAAUUCUUAGGCAAGUUUUAAAUAACAUUAAAUUUUAAUAAACAACCAUUCAAUAUAAUCCAUUG